GUUUCCUCUCCAAACCAGCCAAACGGAAAGAGAGAGAGAUCGAACAUACGAAUGGCUUCCCAAAACAACGAAUAUUCAAUUCCACCGUUCUCUGGCACCCCUCCUCCUCGUGUUGGAUGGUGGUCACGACCAAUAGUGAGUCUGCCGACAACGUACGAUCGUGAAGCCACUUGCUUUGAAACUACGGUUUCCGUUACACCAGUAUUCGCCGCAAUAUUCACCAUCGUCGCCGUAAUGCGAAUUCUGUAUCAAGUCGUCGACAGUGCUCAAUGCGACGCCAAAUUCACCAUCCAAGCCAUCGCCGUCUCUCCAUCCUCUGCCACAUGGCAUGUUGAUUUUCUCGUCAAGAACCCUAGCUCUAGGUAUUCUAUCUACUACGAAAAGGAUGAAACUGCCGUGAGUCUCGGUGCCUUAAGCGCUGCCGUUUUAACUACUUAUCACGAACCUAAGUCCCCAAGUGACACGGCUUUCUCAGUGGACUUCGUUGCCCAGGGUAAUCCAAACGACGUCGUUUUAGAAAAAUUAUACAUCAAAUUAAAAGCCAAGUAUUUGAGUUACAGAGACGGCUAUAAUAACGCUGGACAUGUAGAGCUUUUUGCCAAUUCCGUUUCCGUCUCAAACGCAAACGCAAACGCAAACGUUUCCGCCGCUGAUUGGACGAUCGGUUUCGUUGCCAUGAGUCCAGUCACCGGCUGUAAACUCUCUCUCCAUACACUCAAAUCGCGUUUGGUCCGACGGGGCGAAGUUAUCUCCAACUCAUCAUCUCCCUCGUCGGAUUUUUCCGUCGCCGGAGACAAAACGGAAGCCAUUUUCAAGAAAGUGGUUACGCCGGGGGUUAUUGGCGGCGACGUCAUUUGGGAUUCUCAGGUUGAGAUUAUGUUUGCGAUUAAUACAAAUGUUAGAUAUUUAAACGGUUUUUUGCUGGCGGCUUGUUCAAAUAUUCCGGUGAAAUUCACGACGGAUCAGGCGGCGGGGGAAGUGGUGGGAUCUUUGCUCGGAAACAUGAGACGGUGUGAUUAUAUAUACCAGCAAAGCUUUGCUUAUCUGCGAUAA